CGUUAAAAUUUGUGUUUCGUUUUUGUUUCGCCUUUGCGCCUUCACUUGCGCCCACGAAAAUUUACACGUUUUUACGCCCAUCGUUCCAUGGUGACGGUGCUCAACGCGCCACUUGAGUGGAAAAUUUUGCUCGCCGCUUGUUCUCGUAAUCGUGUGAUCAACAAGUAGUGGCCGUUCGACUCGCGAGAAAGCGGAAAAGCCGUACAACCGGCACGCCCGCGAAGUUACGUACUGUACCAACUAGUCUAGUAACGUGCUACCACGGGUGCUACCCUUGCUCACAGAGCGUUGCUUUCGGCGGUAGCUCCUUGUGAAACGGCGAUGAACAGUCCUGGCGAACUGGUGAUCCCGUAAUCCUGUUGUGGAAGAACUGUUGUGGGCAACCUAGCAUCUCGUUCACUGUGUUUGACAGGUCGGUACCCAACGUACGGUACCGGCAUCGCACCCACUGAUAUCGACCUGCGACUCCUCGGCAAUGGGACUGCACACCAUUCUCAAGAAGUUGAAGCGCAAGGAGAAGGAAAUUCGAGUCCUCAUACUAGGGCUGGACAAUGCUGGCAAGACGACGCUGCUGAAGAGGCUCAACGGCGAGGACACGUCCGAAGUGUCCCCCACGCUUGGCUUCAACAUCAAAACCCUUGAGCACCGAGGGUUCCGGCUAAACAUGUGGGACGUGGGUGGCCAGAAGUCCCUGCGGGGGUACUGGCGCAACUACUUCGAGAGCACCGAUGCCAUCAUCUGGGUGGUGGACAGUGCCGACCGGCGCCGCCUGGGGGACUGUCACCGCGAACUUCGGACGCUCACCUGCGAGGAGAAGCUGCUUGGAAGCAGCCUGCUGGUGCUGGCCAACAAGCAAGACCUGCCGGGGGCCAUGCCUCCCGACCAGAUUGCCGAGAUGUUGGAGCUCUCUGCCAUCGGCAGCCUUCACUGGAAGAUGCUUGGCUGCAGCGCAUUCACGGGCAUGGAGGGACUGCUGGACGGCAUAGACUGGAUGCUUGACGACCUUUCCCGGCGCCUCUACUACAUGGACUGAGCCGGGGCACGCAUGUUUGCGAGACAGAAACCGCCAACUUUAGCUCUCUAGUUGGCCGGUGUUCCUCAUCAGUCAGUGGACCACAGUGGCUUGUCACCAGAAGCAUGCCUCUUUGCUCAGCAGAUGGGUCGUAAUGCUGCGUUUGCUGUGCUCUGCAAGUGCUUUCCCAUCUGCUUGGUUUGUGAAAUCAGCUCAAUAGCUGAUAGUCAGUGUUGUCUUUUGGCAGAUGUGAAACACUGACAUUGUCAUCUCACAGAUAACAAAAACACGAAGACACUGAAGAAGAAUGAAGAGGUAGUGUUAAUGUAAGUGCAUGUUCCAUAGAGGCUGUGGAGGUAUUGUUGAUUAUUUGUAGAUUACUUGUGCAUUACUUUGUGUCACUGAUCACAAGACCUGCACCAAAGGUGCCGCUUCAUGAAGGCAACUUCGUGUAGUUUUUCUGAAAGUGACCUGUCUUCCGCACCUCCAGAAAUGUGCAACAUGAAAGGUAUGCCAAGCUGAAAUGCACUGUGUAUUGUUGUGGGUGUUUUAUUUUCACGUUUGAUGCUCAUUAAACUUUGGAGGUAAUCUAGUGUGUUUCCUUUU